AUGGCAGCCCUACCACGUAGAAUAAUCAAAGAGACACAGCGAUUGAUGCAAGAACCCGUGCCGGGAAUAAGUGCGGUGCCUAGCGAGUCCAAUGCACGCUAUUUCCAUGUGAUUGUAACGGGUCCUGAGGAUUCGCCAUUUGAAGGUGGACUAUUCAAAUUAGAACUAUUUCUACCAGAAGAUUACCCCAUGUCAGCACCGAAGGUUAGAUUUAUAACUAAAAUAUAUCACCCGAACAUAGACCGGCUUGGUCGUAUAUGCCUGGACAUAUUGAAAGACAAGUGGAGUCCGGCGCUUCAAAUUCGUACGGUGCUUCUAUCUAUCCAGGCGUUACUAUCCGCGCCGAAUCCAGACGACCCACUUGCGAAUGAUGUUGCAGAACUGUGGAAAGUAAACGAAAGCGAGGCAAUCCGUAACGCCAAGGACUGGACCAGGAGAUAUGCAAUGGACAACUGA